CUGCGGCCUGCCUCGCUGUCGCUGGCCAAGCCUGGCAGGCGCAGGCGUGACCGGGCAGAAGCUUCCGCAUCCGCAGUCCUAGUCCCGCACCCGGGGUCGCUGACCGGCGACCUCAUCGCCGAGGCGAGGACGAGACAGACGACACCGCACCCGUUACCAGCGCGGCGCACGAACCGGCCAGUUUUAUUCGGCUGCCGUCGCGUGCUGCGGAAUCAGGCCAGGGAAGUGUGUGGGGACCGGGGACAGAAAUAUCCUCCUGCUGCUCUUCGUCCUCGCCCUCGGCGUGCUCGCGGGCGGGCGGAGCGAGGAGGCGGAUCGGGGAGCAGAGAUCCCGGCCGGAGGGAUGGCGAAGGGUGGCGGGGAGAGGGGCACGCUGCUGCCGGUCUCGGCGGACGACGGGAAGGGCAACGACGGAGGGGGAGGCGGCGACGACGCCGUGCUGUUCAAGGGGUCCGCCAUGACCCGCCGAGGCGGCGCCGCGGCGCUCUCCUACAUGGCAUGCUCCGUGCUGCUAGUGAUGUUUAACAAAGCAGCUCUUUCUUCAUACAAAUUCCCUUGCGCAAAUGUCAUCACGCUCCUUCAGAUGGUGUGCUCCACGUGCCUUCUUUAUGUUCUGAGACGGUUAAAGAUCAUCUCCUUCACAAAUAGUGAUCCAUCAGUGCCUUCUGAUUCACUAUUCUUUGUGCCGUUUAGGUUAUUGUUGCGCACCACACCUCUUUCCUUGGCUUAUUUACUCUACAUGCUAGCUUCGAUGGAAUCGGUCCGUGGAGUUAACGUUCCUAUGUAUACAACUCUACGACGCACAACAGUCGUGUUUACAAUGACAAUGGAGUAUUUCCUGGCAAAGCAGAAGCACACCCCACCUAUAAUAGGCAGUGUGGCUUUGAUUGUAUUCGGAGCAUUUGUUGCUGGAGCUCGAGACUUGUCAUUUGAUGCUCGUGGGUAUGCUAUUGUCUUUGUGGCCAACAUUACAACAGCUGUUUAUCUUGCUACCAUAAACCGUAUAGGAAAAUCUAGUGGCCUUAAUAGCUUUGGCCUGAUGUGGUGCAAUGGUCUUGUCUGUGGACCUUCAGUACUGUUCUUGACUUACAUUCAGGGUGACCUAAAGAGGACCAUGGAAUUUCCAUACCUUCAUUCUCUUGGGUUUCAGGUUGUGCUUCUAUUUUCAUGCAUCUUAGCAUUUCUACUGAACUACACCAUCUUCUGGAACACAAUCCUGAAUUCUGCACUCACACAAUCUAUGUGUGGCAACUUGAAGGAUUUCUUCACCGUUGGAAUUGGUUGGGUGCUAUUUGGUGGUCUUCCUUUUGAUCUUCUUAAUGUUAUCGGACAGGGACUAGGCUUUCUGGGAUCUGGAUUGUAUGCCUACUGCAAGAUCAGAGGGAAGUAGACGGAAACUCCAUUCAGGGGCCAGUGUGCUUAACAAAGUAGCGUUGUUUAUGCUAUUUGCUCCUUGGAGAGAAAUUUUGUAGGUGUCCUAUAUGUAUUGAACUUCAGCCCUCAUGAACACUACAAAACUGACAAGGAAAUAGAGUAUACCGAAAUUUUGCUGUUGCUUUA